AUGAGAAAUUGUGAAGACUGGUUGCAAUCUGUUGUCGAAGAUUGUAGCAUAAAAGAGAUACCUUAUAAGGAAUUUAGUGAUAAGAAAAAGAUAAAAAAAGGAGGAUUCGGAACAGUGUUUAAAGUAAAAUGUGAAUCUUUAGGAGAUGUAGCCAUUAAAGAAAUGGCUGAUACGGAUACGGAUACGGAAGAAUAUAGAAAAAUUUUUAUAAAUGAGCUAAAGCAGCACAGCAGAGCUAAACAUCCUCGAGUUAUUCAAUUUUAUGGGGUCACUAUAAAAGACUACAGAAAACUUGCAACAAGUAUUAUUGGAGGUUUACGCGAAACACCUGUUUCAGGAACCCCUCUUUAUUUCGUUAAACUUUAUUCUGAUUGUUGGAAUGAUAAACCAGACAAACGUCCUUCCAUGGAGGAAGUUUUUCGGCGAUUGGAAUCGAAUUCCUCAAAAUUAGAUCCUAAAUACAAUGAUACUGAGCAGGAUUUUAAAGAAAAUAUUAAUAAUUCUGAUUCUAAAAGCGAUGAAAUUGGGUUGUAUUUGCCCACAUUGUGCAUCGAUUCUUAA